ACUACUAAGGCCUCGUAUUCUCGUCAAAGACUUCAGUUUCCGCAUGGACUUCACACUCGCUAAAUCAAUCAGUGCUUUGUUCAGUGUUUCGACAACUACACAUGUCCAAUAAUAACAAUAAUUAUAGUUGACAUAACGAUAAAUCAAUAAUUGUAACAAGUAAAUAUCAGCGAGUACCGGGUGAAAAUUUAAAAGUACUGUUGCUUUAAUGUGUAAACUCGAGUGACUAAAUUGCAAAAGUACUCAGUGAUGAUGAUUAAAAAUUUUUUGAUAACUUUUUUGAUAUUCGGUUUUUUUUUUCAUUGGACUAAGGGAUUAAACGUGACGGCUGAUGCUGAUAUUGAUGAUGACGAUGAGAUCGAUGAGUUAAAUUUUGAGGAGUUCAAAAAAAGUAUCAGGAGAUACAGGCGGCUGAUACCUUAUAUGAGUUAUUAUGUUGCUAAUAAUUAUGUUAAUCAGAACGGGCAGUUUGUUGAGUCGAGUGGCCAACGGCAACCGCAGAGACAACGGGCUGAGUCUGUGAGAAAACCAAUUCGGACUAAUACGAAGGACUACCAGGCAAAAUUUAUACCAUCGGUUCAAUACGACCCGAAAGAAAUCGGCGGAGACAAUAAUUAUUUCAUGCCAGUUCGUUACAACACCAAGAUAAAUUACGACGAAAUAAACUACCAGGAGUACAACAAACGACGUCCGUACAUGGAGAUAACGACCCCCAGUACGGUGACAGAGACGCGUUACUAUAAAGAACGACCGCGAGUUCCAUACAAUCCAGUUUCUCUGGGACAAUCAUCCCAACUAAAACAAACUCGCCGACCUGAUUCCUAUUUAUUCGAUUACGUGAGACCUAAACCAACUCCAGUUAAUUCCGAGUACUAUCCCGUUGAUUACGAACCCAUUCGAUACAUAAAAGUCGAGCCGUCUUAUCAACCAGCUUUAGCUCCAGCACCAUCAGUUCCAGUACAUCACCAGCAGCAUCAUCACCAACACCAACAGCAACAACCAUCAUCUCGCGUACCACUUAAAGUACCGGCAAAUAGACCCAACUAUAUAUCGAGAAAUUCUGGAGAGUUGAAUGAAGAAAAUUUAAUUAAAAGUUUGCAAUUGACCAAUCAACUGCCCGAGAUGUUGAAUAGAGAUAAUAUUGAUUCUAGUAUUAAGACACUGGUUGAAAUAUUGACCUUAUUGCACGGCGCCAAAAGGCAACAUAAUAUUGGUGAUAAUUCUCUGUCGGUACAAAAUAUUCCAGUUGCUGGUCUUGGUACUGGUCCUGGUCCUAGUCCUGGUACUGUACCAGUGUCACUACCAGUACCAGGAGUAUCUGGACAAAUUUAUGAAGAAUACAAGCAACAGAAACAUCAAAAUUCCCGGCCGAAAGUCGUCACUGAAAUGAGAUAUCAAGCAACAUCACCAGCUCCUAUUCCUAUUCCUAACCCUAUUACUGCUGAAUCUCUGCGAUUCACUGCUGCUGGAGCAGCUACUGCUUCUACAGUGUCUGGUAUUAAACCCAGCGCUUUGUAUGGUCGCAAUAAUGUGAAACCGCAACCGUCUGAGUACUCGGAUUACAAUAGCGGGGAAACACAAUUGAGGAAUCAAAAUUUCGUAGAGUAUUAUACCCCUUUGAUUCAGGAUAUCGAUGAGAAAGGGAAUAGAGGCUACUUGCCGAACAAGUUUAAUCCGAAACAUAAAGAAUCGGCGUAUGAGAUCGCGGAGGAAAUUGAUGAAGUCGGUCAGGAGAUAAAUACGCCCUUGAUGAAUAGUUAUCUUGAUGGCAUCGUUGUGACCGAUUCCAAGAACUCGGGCACUAAAGGAAAGCCGGGUGUUGACUAUCCAACGUACACGGAUAUUCCGGUAACGAGUUUCAGCUGCAAGGAUCAGAGGUACAAGGGAUUUUUUGGUGAUCCUGCGACUAGAUGUCAAGUGUGGCACUACUGCGAUUUAAACGGCGGGAAAUCAUCGUUUCUAUGUCCUAACGGCACAAUCUUUAGUCAAAUAGCGCUGACGUGCGACUGGUGGUUCAACGUCAAAUGCGAAUCCACGACCCAACUUUACGUUCUCAAUGAGCGUCUCUACAAAUUUAUUUUACCGAUAAUGCCGAAAUUCCCGGAAGACUUUAGCGGUCCCGAAGUUGACCGUUACCUCGAGCUUAAAUUCAAAGAGAUGGAGGCUAAACUUAAAGCCAAGAAGCUCAAGAAGGCCAUGGAGAAAAAAGGGAAAGACAAACCCCAAGCCCAAGACCCAGAGUCUGAACCCAGAUCUGGGUCAGAGCCAGAACCAGAGCUCGAGCAAAUAUAAACAGCAAGUGUGGAUCUUGCGUCGCUGCCAUUUAAAUUUAUCAGUUUGUCUGUUUUUAAAUUUUAUAUAUAUAUAUAUUUUUUUAAAUUAAUUAAAACGGGUAUUUUUAUUUAAGAAUCAAGUAUUCGUUUAUAUCUCUAGUCAUACUCGAUUUAUAUUUACGAGACUGCUGGAUCCACCACAACAGCGCUAUUCAGUACCUUUUAUUUUUAUUUUCUUUUUGCGGUGACGGGUUUUGUUAUUUUUUGUUU